CAAAAACUCCUUCACUCAACUUUAGACAGUAGUGUUUUAGCCUCAGCUGAAGAAAAAAUAUUGGAGCUGUGUGGCCAGGAAGAAGUGAUCACUUUUUCAGAAUGUUUGCCUCAAAGGUAUAUAUUUAAAACUUUUAAUUUAUCUCUGCUGUUCCUUUUGACCAUGUGAUGGUGUUGAGCAGACAUGCUUGUUGUCUUUAUUUUCUGGUUAUCAUUUCUAUUAAAUCAUACACAUGAUUCAAGGAUAGUUACAACUGUUUCUAUAAAUGAGGACAAGAUAUUUCUCUAAAAAUUAGAAUUCCUGAAGCCAUUUUAUUUUCCACAGAGUAUAAUUUUUUGGUGUGACCUUGCAUGGCUUUUCUUCAUGGUUUAAAAAGUUGGUAACAACUUUGUUGGUUUCAAUUUACAUCUUGUUUUAUAAAGCUAUAACUCGGCAACAUUUAGUUUUACAGCACAAUUUAUUGUAGGUCAUGUCUGGACGUUAGAAUGUCAAUUCAAUCAACCUUUUGCUAUACUUCAUCUGGAAAUCUUGUGCAUUUUUAUGCCAUAUUAAAAGGAAGAGUAGGAAUGUUGAAGCUCUGAUUAAGUUUUAACGCCUGUUUAGCUGUGAUUAUUCAUAUGCAGCCCCGAUUUCUUGAAAAACUUUUCUCUACAGGAUGUUGUCCAAAUGUGUUAAAAUAGGAGAAGGUGUUUAUGGAGAAGUGUUCAGGACGUACUCUGGCAAUCAGUCUUUGGCAUUGAAAGUAAGAGUUUCAGAGAGAAAUUUUAUUUUGGGAUAAAUUAUGAAUAUUACAUUAUAAAGUGAACAUGUUCUUCCUGUUCUCAUCCUUCUGUGUGGAGGAUACAUUUCAAAAUCUUAGGGAUGUUUAAGCUUCUUAGAAGCUUUUCUUUGUGUCAUGCUAUAAAUAUUUUCCUUCAAUCAUUGUUCCUUAACAUCAACACUGCAUUUUCCCCAACAGAUCAUACCUAUAGAGGGAGAUUUCUUAGUCAACGAAUGCCCACAAAAGAAAUAUGAGGAAAUUUUGCCAGAAAUGGUUAUAGCCCAGUGAGAUUGUGUUUCUAUAUUAUUUCAAAUACUUGACUAAUUAUCACUAUCCGGUAAUAGAUCAGUUUAACUUUUAACAUCAAUAUCAAUUUAACAGUCACCCACUGAUUUCUACAAUGUCAGUUGGAUUUCAAGGUCAUUUAAGCUAUAACUUAUAAUUUUGAUGUUAAGGAUUCAAGUUCUGGGCUUAAAAACCCCCAAAAAAUUUACAGUUCCAUGAUAAUUGGAAACAUGAACUUUUUAAUAAAAUACUAAAAAACAUUGGGAUUCAUACAUGUUUAUAUACAUAUACACAUUUAAUUUAUUGUUAUUUUUAAAAAUACUAGUGCGCUGGUUAACUUGAUUUCACCAGACACAUCAAAAAGCUCUGUGUUUAUAUUCCAGAUUGAAAAAAACUUAAUAAUAUUGUACAUCAACAGGGAGCUGAGUAGUCUGGCUGACAGUGAAAUCAACACAUCAGCUAAUUUUUGUCAGGUUAAAAGGUCAGUACUUACCAGAAUGCUUUUUUAAUGUCAUAUGACCAGAAAUAAGACUGUUUUUUUCCUAAUGUUUAUUUAAAAGUUUCCUGUGUGCAAAAAAGAUUUAAUAAAUUUCUUGGUGCUGGAUUAAUGAAUUAAAACAUUCUUGUAGACAUAGCUUUUGUAUUGAAAAUGGCUGUUACUUCAUUAAACUUUGAUCAGUACAGAUCAUUUGGUCAGCAGUGGCUGACAUUGAAUUUUUAUAUUUAAAAUCUGAAUUACUGAGUCAUAUUUAAUAAUCACUUCUUAAUGUGGAUGUUCUUAGAAUGUUGUAUGUCAAGGGACAGUAUCCAGAUGUUCUUUUAGAGCAGUGGGAUCUUUACAGUAAAAACAAACAUUCUGAGAAUGACAGACCAGGUGACAGAUUUUUUUAUCUUAGUUAUAGUUAAGGCUCAGAGGUUUGGUCAAAUUAAAUUUAGUUAAGACCAGUGUAGGAUUUGAAUCUGAUUUCCAAACAACUUCUUUCUUCAAUCCAGAAAAGAGGCAUGUCUGGAUUACUUGAAAUAUUUAACUUUUCAAAAUCUGCGUACAGGAUUAAACAAAUCAAUGUAUUCUUUUAAAAGUUAUAUCUUAAAACAUUGGCGCUCAUACCGACAACAGGCAUAUAUUUUUCUGGUGGAUUUUUAGUAGUUUUAAAUUUCUAUUAUUAGGUAGUGUUUUUUAUGAUUCCUUUAAGGCUGCGGACUAUUCGUACCCGGGUACCAGAAGCGAGAGUGUUUGGAAUUAAAAAACUAUUUUAAAUAUUAUUGUUGGGUUUGUAAGACUAAAUGAGGUAUCAAAUGAAAGAUAAUUGAAUGGACUAUAUGUUUUUAAACCUACUUAUUCAGUUUAAUUAAAUAAACUACCACAAAUGACAUCCAAAUAGCACUGAGUCUAAUGGUACCCGGGUGCGAAUGGCGGUGCUGCGUGGCUGGGUCCAUUUUGGCUCAAUGCUAUUCGGAUGUCAUUUGUGGUAGUUUAUUUUAGUUAAACUGAAGAAUUAAGUUUACAAAAAUAUAGUCCAUUCAAUUAUCUUUCAUUUGAUUCCUCAUUAUGAGCACCAAUGUUUUCGAGUUAAACUUUUUAAAGAAUAAAUUGAUUUGUUUAAUGGUGUACCCAGAUUUUGUACAAAUAGCCAUUUCGUUCCUUUAAGCACAGAUAUUAUACGUUUUAUAACUUUUUAUUCCAAAUUAUGAAAGUAAGAUUAAAUAGUCAAUGAAUUUGCAUAAUUUUAUAAACGAUUAACAUGGCUUUUAAAAAAACAUCUUAUUUAUACCUUUCCAGACAUCUUUCCUGAAAGUCAGCUGUUCAUUGUCUUUGAGUUUCAUGAUGGUGGCUGUGCCCUAGAGAAAUUCAAAGUAAGAUUUCCAAAUAAAAUAAAUAAAUGUUUUCAUAUUUUUGUAGUUAUUUUAAUGAAGGGACAGCUGGGGAUUAGUUAUGUUUAUUAUUUAUUUUGCUAUGAAAUGAGCAUCGUGGAUUAUUUAUAUUAUAUUUUAUAUUUCAUAAUAAUUUAUAGUUAUAUGCAAAUGGAGAGUCUUUGGGCUGAUUUUAUUGUAGUCUCCACAUGCAAAGUAGGAAGUACAAGGUUCUAGUUGAUAUCAAUUUCAUUACGAGACCUUUGUUUCACUUAAUUUUUUCCUGUCAAGCUCCACAAUCUGUGCCAUUGAUUAAAAUAUUUUGAUCCUACAAUUUGGGAGUUGACUGGCUUGUCUCCCUUAACUCCCUUUUAAAAAAAAAACUAUUUGAAAUUAUUUAUUUGUAGAAAUUAGUGGAGUAGUGCCUCAUUUUGGCUCCCCUUAGGUGCACUGUCCAACUGCUAGUCUGACAAGCAUAACUUUUUUGUUGCCUAUUAUCAUAAUCUACUUUUUUUAUAGGGAACCAACAUAAUAUUUUUUCUGUUAGAAUGGAGAAAAAAAUAUUACAAUUAUCCACAGAACUAGCAAGAAAGGAAUUUGAGUUUGUACUUUCAUUAUUAGUCUGCAUAUUUUAUCUGUUCUCACACACACAGCGGAUACUGUUAUUGCACUUGACACGAAUGGUGUUAGGUUUUUGAACACGUUUGACAUUUUAGCCAAAAAAUAUUUGUCCCUCCUAGAGUUUCUCUGCUAUUAAAAUGUAAUUUGUAAUUACAAUGUAAUUUUACUAACAUUUACUUAUUUUUUAAUAACCCAGAUAUUUCCCCUAGAAAAAAAAAUAUUUUUGCUGUUUUCUUUUUCUCUCUAGUUCAACAACCAUCUUGAAGCUUUCAGUGUUUUGAGGCAGGUUGUAUUUGCGCUGGCUGUUGCAGAGGAAGCUUUGUGUUUUGAGCACAGAGACCUUCAUAUCGGAAACAUUUUAGUAAAGCCUUGCAAAGAAAAGAAUGUUACUUUUCAGUUAAAAGGAGAGCUUCACACAUUUCCUUCUUGUGGUGUGUUUGCAACCAUAAUUGACUUCACCAUAUCACGUCUGGAAAAAGGUCAGUUUGUAUGUUCUUAUCAGUAAGAUGAACAUAUUCUUGUAUUGUUGCGAGACCAUUUAAAAAAAAUAAAAAUAAUCAGAAUUCUGACAUGCUAAACUGGAAUGUAUUAGACACAUGCCUUUAAAUAUAACAAUAGACAUUAUGUAAAUGAAAUGGGUCUUUUUGAAAUCAUCGAGAACUCCUAAGCAAUGAAGUAAUGCAACAGUUAUCACCCUUUAUGGAAAGUUAAUUAUUAAAUGGAAAAUGUAUCAUUAAAAGAGUCAAGAAUUCAGUAGUCCAUUUAAGAUAACAAGAAUGUUACAGAAAGGAACCUCAAACUUCUUGAGUAUGGACAAAGCUUAAUCUUAAGUGCAAAUUUGUUAUUUUCCUUUUCCUUUACCUCUUUGACCAUGAUUGAAUAACUUUAAUUUGAUUCUAUAGAUGGCUGUGCUGUGUUUUGUGAUGUGGCUACUGACGAUGGCUUGUUUGAAGGCACAGGUGAUUUCCAGUUUGAUGUAUACAGAGAUAUGAAGACAGAAAAUGGGUAUGUGCUACAUGAAAACACUGUCCAUUCUCAAACAUAUCUCCAUUUGUUUUAUUUAUACUCACUUGUCUCCCCUUUCACUAUUUUUUUAAUAAAAAUUGGUUUUUUAAAAUAAUUGUAUUACAAUGGUAAUUUUUACAUUAAGGAGAAAUUGGAAUUUCGCUUCAAGCUGCCUAUCCUUUGGACUUGUUAAUUACUUGUUCUUGGAAAUACAACUGUUAUAUUUUCAUUUUGUAAAUCACUUUACCCACAUGAUAUCAAGUGUUGAAAAAAAAAAAAAUCUUUUCACAGCAAUAACUGGGAGCCAUUUCAACCUCACUCCAACAUUCUGUGGGUCAACUACCUCUGCAAAAAAAUGGUUACUUUCAUUAAG